AUGGUGCGCCAAACACCAGCCCGUUCCGCAAGGAGCCAGGUGACGCCCGCUCGUCAACCUAAACGUCAGAGACAGACAGAUGAUCAUGCUCCAGAUGUCUAUCAAGAACUGCUGGAGGAGGCUGAAGCUAGAGAUCCCGGGCAAUUUGCUUCAGACAGACCAAUUAAGAGGCGUAAGGCCGGGGAUAUGAAAGCUAUCCCCGUGGGAUUAGAGGCCUCGGAACAAACACAUCGGGACGCAGAAGCAAACAAACAUAGCACCCAACCGGUGCAAACUGUUUACGAUUCAUCGACAUCAGAAGAAUCAGACGUUGACUGGGAAGAUGUUGAAUUACAGCCACCAUCCCAGUCCUUGUUGAGACACUUUCCGUCUCAAGGUGACGAUGACAUGCUCCAGAUCACACUGGAGCAAGAACCCGAGAAGCACAAAAAAACAUUUCAAAGAAGGAAGCCUUUAACUGGAGCCGAAAGAAAAGCUAGAUUGGAUGUGCACAAAUCUCAUAUUCUUUGCCUUCUCGGCCACGUCCAGUUACGCAACAUGUGGUGCAAUGAUCAGGAAUUACAGGAAUUCCUAAAGAAGACACUGCCUAGGAAAGUAAUCGCCCUUCUACAUCCAGACGAGGAUAAACCACAUUAUAACAGAUCCACCACGUUUAUGGAUGGUCUCAACCAGGCUGCAGAUGCCUUCACACGCAGAUUUCAGAUUACCAAACCAGGAAUGAAACGGGCUCACUGGGCGGAAGAUGAAUCGCAAUUGAAGCAGAAACUGGAAUCAAUCAUGACGAAUGCUGAAGUCUUCUUAUCCAAAGGGGAUUUUCGAACCCAAGCAAAGACAAUGCAAGGUUCCCGGGACUUUGGGGCUCAGCUAUUCUGUGCCCUAUUGCGGUCUGUAGCUGUAGAGGCGAGACUUAUUUGCUCAUUGCAACCGUUGCCAUUUUCUGGCACCGUGAAAGACAUGACGCCGUCUAAACCAAAGCAUCAAUAUAUCGUGAUAUCAUCAGACGAUCCUGGAUCCUCAACAGAUGAACGCAGCCAGAGUGAAAAAUCAUCUGCAGCUUCAAGACCUCGACGGAUUGGACAGCCUAAAUUCACCCCCUCACGUCCUCCCCAACCGAAAUACUGUUCAGCUCCAAUUCCGACACCGCGAGACUCGUCAUUUCCGGUAUUUUGGGUGGAAGCCUUCAACGAAGCUGCACAGAAAUGGGUUCCAAUUGACCCCGUCGUAACAAAAUCCCUAGCUAAACCUUCGAGGUUUGAACCACCUGCGAGUGAUUCGUUAAACUUGAUGAAUUAUGUGGUUGCUUUCGAGGAUGACGCCUCCGCAAGAGACGUCACUCGUCGCUAUGUAAAAGCAUUUAAUGCAAAGACACGGAAACUCCGCGUGGAAGUCACACGGAAUGGCGAGAAGUGGUGGGAUAAGGCACUAAAGGCCUAUGAAAAACCCUUCUUCGACGAUCGGGAUGAGGCAGAGAUUAGUGAACUAACAUCCAAAUCAGCAGCCGAGCCAAUGCCACGCAAUAUCCAGGACUUCAAGGAUCAUCCCGUCUAUGCGCUUGAGCGACACGUUCGUCGCAAUGAAGUAAUCCAUCCCAAACGAAUCAUUGGGCACGUGGGGCUGGGAAAAAGCACAGCACGGAGUGAGACAUCCGAACCCGUUUAUCGUCGAUCUGACGUGCAUAUUGUGCGAAGCUCCGAUAAAUGGUAUCGCCUUGGGCGGGAUGUUAGAGUUGGCGAGCAGCCUCUCAAGCGUGUUGCCGCCAGUCGAAGCAAGGGCGGGGGAUUCAGUGAUGAUGAAGAUGAAAAUGAGCCUCAAGAGACUACACUAUACGCCGAGUUCCAGACAGAAAUCUACGUCCCACCACCGGUGGUUCAGGGAAGAAUUCCGAAGAACACAUACGGAAACCUCGAUGUUUAUGUGCCCAGUAUGGUUCCACCUGGCGGAGUUCACAUUAAGCGGCCGGAGGCAGUUCGAGCUGCUCGAAUCCUUGGCAUUGACUAUGCCGACGCAGUCACUGGGUUUGAAUUUAGAGGUCGUCGUGGUACCGCUGUACUCGGGGGAAUUGUUAUUGCCAUCGAGUACCAGGAGGCGCUUGAGGAAGUUUUGAGGGGUCUCGAAGAUGAGAGGCGGUAUGCUGCACUGGAGGCAAGAACUGUGGAGGCUCUACGGUUCUGGCGGCUCUUUUUGAUGAAGCUUAGGAUUGCAGAAAGGGUCAAGGAAUAUGCCGACGAUGACGAGGAACAACAGCCUGAAGAUAUCGAAGACGAAAUGGAUGUUGAUGCUGGUGGUGGUUUCUUUCCUGAACCAGAUGAACCAGCCAAUAGUCUGCCUCCGAAAGUUCUAGGAAAGGGCAGAAUGGUACAUGACCAGGGGUUUCCCGAAGACUACACGAAAAGAGAAACGAAACCGUCAUUGGACGAGGAGGAUUAUACUCUUGAAGGGGGAUUUCCGCCCGAUGAUGAUGAUGAUCUAGCCCCAGACCCGGUGGAACCUCCAAAUCCUGCGCCUUUGGCCAUAAACCCGAUGUCGAUUCCUGAGAGUAUUGCCAGGAACAAAGCAUCAAAACCACCUCGCUACUCACUGGUGGUUGUCCCAAACCGCGGCUCAAACCCGACAUCUGUACCCCAAGUCCUCGCAGGAUCAUCUGACAAAGCUCCUAUCGCUGUAGAUUCGUCAACAAAUGGUGGCUCCAAAUCCGCAAGUGUGGUUACUGUCUCUCAGCCACCGUCACCCGUGCCUAAAUAUGAUUCCGACAGCGAGAUCGAGAAGGGAUCUUUGCUUUCUGAGGACCCUGACGAUGAGGAUGCAAUUCCCGAAUGGUUGAUGUCUGAUGAGGACUAG